GAUGAGUGGUUCUAGCAGGUUGGCCCACCUUAGAAUAUACUUCUAGCCGCCUUGGAUCAGAUGUAUUGUAGGAGGGAAAAUGAUCAGUUGAAAAACCAAAUCAUUCAUUUGUGCGCUAUUGGCAUUCGCAGUCACAGGGCACAUGGUCGAAAAAACAUAAACAAAUCACCAAUACAUAACAGUUUCAUUUGCGCCGGCAGUGUUGAAUGGGCACAUAGUCACAAACACAGAACACGAGUCAGAACCCCGAUUAUCGAUUAAUUCUGUAAUCCUUCGGGGAGAGCUUAGAAGCAGAUUUGUUUUCCGCAACACAGCAAACAAAGUCGCCAAAAUUGUGUGGACAAUGAGCGAAUCUGGAGUGAGGCAGCGCAAAAAAAGCGCUGGUGAUGGGAAAGUUCGUAAACCUAUCGCAGAACUCUCAGACAGCGAAUCAACAUCAUCGAAUGUGGGCUAGACUGGUACUUAUCGUAGGAAUUGGUGUGGUAGUAUAUUUUACCACAUUUAGAACAAGAGAGAAGAAGUUCGCUACGCAGAAAGAAACACUAGAGCUUCGUACACAGAAAUUGGAUUGCUCCAAAUCGUACUUCGAUGAGAUUGCUAAAUUCCCCGGAUGUAUUCCAGCCCAUUGUGGACGUUUUGUCAGUGACAAUAUAGUAACCGCUACAGAAGUCGAUGUUCUGUUGAAUUUGGCUAAGUCAGGAUUCCAAUUCGGCCAAUCCUCUGGUGGUGCUUCAAUUUUGGAUCUUCACUCAGGAGCUCUUUCGAAGGACACUCAGUUUAUCAACAUAUACAAAAUACCAGAAGCGAAAAAGAUUUUCACAGUUGAUCAUAUGAAUACCUACAAAAAUGUCAGAGACAAGGUUCAGCAAGCAAUCAGCGACAAUAUGAAGAUUAACAAAGAUUCAUUAUUCCUUACUCACCCCACGUUUUUCUCGCGAUUGACCAAUGAAUCGGCUAAAACCAUACACGACGAGUAUUGGCAUCCCCACAUUGAUAAGGACACUUACAGUUCGUUCCAUUAUACGAGCUUACUCUAUCUGAAUGAUUUCGGCAAGGAUUUCACCGGUGGCAGAUUCGCCUUCAUUGAUAGCGCUGGUAAGCAUAACAAAACCAACGUUUACAUCGAACCAAAACUGGGCCGAGUGAGUGGGUUCACUUCAGGAGCGGAAAAUAUGCAUUAUGUUGAGGAGGUUACCACUGGGAUACGCUAUGCGAUCACAAUUUCCUUCACGUGCAAUAGGGAGCAUGCUAUGGCGGAUCCACAAUUUUCAAUUGAGAUGGAUGAUGAAUCCUAGACAGGAUCUAACGCGUACAACUAUUUGUUUGCAGUAUUAGUUUGCUUUUCAACACAGGUAUUAUUACUUUAGUUAGUUUAAUUCACUUUAGGUGUGUUAGCAUUAGUUCACAAAACAAAUCGAGAGUAUUAUUUCAGUCCAUGUUCUGUCAUUGCUCUUUUGCUGUUAGAAGCCUAUAAAAAAUAACAAUUACCCUGAAAUAGCCGGAGUACUCACUCUAAGUCUAUAGUGAUCGUUCGAACAUCGGCAAUAUGCAGAAAAUUUUGUAGCAAUAUUGAACCUGUAUAUUUAUAACCCCAUUACUGAUAUCAUUAGAAACAAUUUGAAUCAAUAAAUUAUGUUUGUAUUAGUGAAA